GACCUUUGGGUUUUCAGCUAACCUACUCUUGGUAUAAAAGACGAAUUAUAUACAUAGAAAUGGCGUCAGUGUCGGAAAGUGAUGAUUUAUUUGAUUGCAUUCUCAUGGCGGAUGACAGGUUUCAUGUGGAGGGUUACAGAGAAGGUUACGAGGAGGGAACCCGUGAAGGAUUGCUUGAGGGUCGGAACCAUGGGAUGGUUCACGGUGCCAGACUCUCCGCAGAGUUGUCAUUUUACCAUGGCUUUGCAGUGACAUGGAAAUAUUUACUACAAACUAAUGUGGAUGCCAAAUCAAAAAAAAGGCUCAAAGCUGUAGAAUCACUAAUUGGAUUGAUAAGUAAAUUUCCAUUUGAGGACUCACAAUAUGAGAACCUUCAGGAAGACACGGAGAGAGUUAGAGCCAAGUUCAGACAGGUGUGCUCUCUACUUAAUGUGACAGCAGACUUCCGUGAUUAUGUUAGUGGAUCAGCCACAAUGUCUUUCUGAGAGAUGAAAAGAAGGAUCUCUUUGGUUGUACCAGAUAUGUCUGACUUGCUCAGACAUUGGCUUCUCUUGUUGAAGACCUGGUUGAAGUUCCAGACACCUCAGUGGAAGGUAAUUACUAGUGGUGUGUUCAACUAGACUGAGCUGUUGAGCACAAUAUGAGAGUGACGGUGUAUGAGGGAUUUUGUGUUGGAACGGUGUGGAAUACUGCAGAGGAAUAGAGUGGUAGUUUGCUGUUACAGGAUGUUUCCUUGUGUUUUUAACUGAUUGCGGUAACUGGAGGUAACAGUAAAAACGUCUGUGUGCAGUGUGAAAAAACAAGAGCUUGAGCCACAAAAUGGGUUCUCAAUGAUGACACUGUGAAAUAGAGAACACUCACAAAGAAAAGCAUUCGUCAGCUUUGUGCCGUUUGAACCGCCCUGGAAAAAGCCUGCCUCUCUAAUGGGAUCUAUUUAUAUUUUUUCUAUGAA